UGGCGUUAUGUGAAAAAAUGUAUCUGUGUGAAAAAAUGCAAUAUACUUGGGCAUCGGAAAACUCAAAAUUGUGACAGUGGUGUCCGGUUGAUUUGCUCUUCUCCGAAUUUUUAUUUCCAAUGAUUUUGUUCUUGGGUCUGAGCGUCUAAAAUGACUCGUCGUCCACACAGAAGUGAUUAUAAUAAUAUUAAGUUUAAACAAUUUCGCAAAGUAACGCUGACAAAAUGUGUAACAAAUUUCAGCAGAAUUUCCCACUUAAGUUAUGUGGUAAAUAUUUUCAUCAUUUGCUGCUGCAUCUCUAAAACUUUUCAGUACAAAAAUGUGCACGGGCCAUUGGUUGCUUCCUCGACGGUGUCUACUUCUUCAAGUGCUCAACAGUUCAUCAACACACCAGCAACGCUUUUAUUCACUACUAGGCACGACAUCCAAGUAGCUAACAUAACGAAGCCAACGGGUGGACCUCAAGUCGAUGUGAUAGUUAAAGACUUAGCUGAUGCGAUGGCCAUAGACUUCUACUAUGCUAAAAAUUUAGUAUGUUGGACGGACUGUGGCCGUGAAAUUAUAGAAUGUGCUUCGACAAAUUCCUCCCAGCCCCUGGCCAAGGCUGCCAAACAAACUGUGAUAUCAACGGGCCUGGAUAAACCGGAGGGUAUAGCCAUCGACUGGUAUACGGAUAAAAUCUACUGGACGGAUGGUGAGAAAAAUCGGAUUGAAGUUGCAACACUGGAUGGCUGCUACCAAAAGGUCCUUUUCUGGACGGAUUUGGAUCAACCACGUGCUAUAGCCGUAGUACCCGCCAAGCGGCUACUGAUAUGGACAGACUGGGGGGAGUAUCCCAAGAUUGAGCGCGCUGGAAUGGAUGGAGAUCCCUUGAGUCGCAUGACUCUAGUAAAAGAAAAUGUGUUUUGGCCGAACGGCUUAGCUGUUGAUUUACAAAGUGAACUGAUAUACUGGACGGACGGGAAGUAUCGUUUCAUUGAUGUCAUGAAGCUUGAUGGAAGUAAUCGACGCACUAUAGUUAACAAUCUAAAGUAUCCCUUUAGUUUGACAUACUUCGAAAAUCGCUUAUACUGGACUGACUGGUUACGCGACUCUCUAAAUGCUUUAGAUUUGCAGACUAAGGAGCUGAAAGAGCUUAUUGAUACGACAAAGGCGCCCAACUCUGUGCGUGCCUGGUCGCCGUCAUUGCAGCCCUUUGAAAAUAAUCCAUGUGCUCAGAAUAAUGGCAACUGUUCACAUUUGUGUUUACUAUCGACCAAUACGCAAGGCUAUAGCUGCGCCUGUCCUACGGGUGUGAAGCUGUUGACCCCCAAUAGUUGCGCCAAUGAUUCGCAGGAAAUGUUAUUCAUAGUGCAAAGAACUCAAAUUAGCAAAAUAUCACUCGAUUCGCCCGAUUACACGAUUUUCCCUCUGCCUCUUGGCAAAGUCAAGUAUGCUAUUGCUAUUGAUUAUGAUCCUGUAGAUGAACAUAUUUAUUGGUCUGAUGUAGAGGCCUAUACUAUUAGGCGGUCCCACAUAGAUGGUAGCGGGGUUACUGAUUUUGUUACCUCUGAGGUGCGACACCCUGACGGUUUAGCCUUGGAUUGGCUGGCACGUAAUCUUUACUGGACUGACACUGUGACCGAUCGCAUUGAAGUAUGUCGUUUAGAUGGUUCAGCGCGUAAGGUACUUAUCUACGAGCACCUAGAAGAGCCGCGUGCCAUUGCUGUGGCUCCGUCGCUUGGAUGGAUGUUUUGGAGUGAUUGGAACGAGCGUAAGCCCAAAGUUGAGCGUGCAUCGCUCGAUGGCUCUGAACGUGUUGUUCUCGUAUCAGAGAAUCUUGGUUGGCCCAAUGGAAUUGCUCUGGAUAUCGAACAUAAAACCAUAUACUGGUGUGAUGGAAAAACCGAUAAAAUAGAGGUUGCUAAUAUGGACGGAUCGGACAGACGCGUUGUUAUCAGCGAGAAUCUCAAGCAUUUGUUUGGAUUAAGUAUCUUGGAUGAUUAUCUCUACUGGACAGAUUGGCAACGUCGCUCUAUUGAUCGAGCCCAUAAAAUCACAGGCAACAAUCGUAUUGUAGUUGUUGAUCAAUAUCCUGAUCUAAUGGGUUUGAAAGUAACUCGACUUCGCGAGGUGCGAGGGCUAAAUGCCUGUGCUGACCGUAAUGGUGGAUGCUCUCAUCUGUGCUUAAAUCGUCCACGGGACUACGUCUGCCGCUGUGCCAUCGAUUAUGAACUGUCCAAUGACAAGCGCACAUGUGUAGUACCAGCCGCCUUUUUAUUAUUCUCUCGUCAGGAGCAUAUUGGUCGAAUAUCUAUUGAAUACAAUGAGGGGAAUCACAACGAUGAGCGCAUUCCCUUUAAAGAUGUACGCGAUGCCCAUUCCCUGGAUGUAUCUGUAGCUGAGCGCCGUAUUUAUUGGACGGAUCAAAAGGCUAAAUCCAUAUAUCGGGCAUUCCUCAACGGGUCAUUUGUACAGCGCAUUGUUGAUUCUGGCCUGAUUGGACCUGACGGCAUUGCCGUUGAUUGGCUAGGUCAAAAUAUAUACUGGUCGGACGCAGAAGCACGGCGGAUUGAAGUGGCUCGUCUCGAUGGAAGCAAUCGUCGGGUACUCCUAUGGAAGGGAGUGGAAGAGCCCCGUUCUCUUGUACUAGAGCCACGUCGCGGCUAUAUGUACUGGACGGAAUCUCCAUCCGAUUCUAUUCGCCGCGCCACAAUGGAUGGCAAUGAACUACAAACAAUUAUCGCAGCUGCUAAUCACGCCGCGGGGUUGACUUUUGAUCAGGACAAUAGACGUAUUUACUGGGCAACGCAAUCGCGACCAGCAAAGAUUGAGUGUGCCGACUGGGAUGGGAAACGCCGACAGUUCCUAGUAAAUAGUGACAUCGAUGAACCUUACGCUGUAUCUUUAUAUCGAGACUACAUUUAUUGGAGUGACUGGAACACUGGAGAUAUUGAGCGCGUGCACAAAGUAACAGGACAAAAUCGCAGUCUUGUGCACUCUGGCAUGACAUACAUAACCUCACUGCUAGUUUUCAACGAACAGAGGCAGACGGGCAGUAAUCCCUGUAAAAUAAAUAACGGCAACUGCCAACAUUUAUGCCUUGCUCAGCCAAGUAAACGCGGCAUGACCUGCGCCUGCCCCACACAUUACCAGAUUGCCAAGGAUGGCGUGUCGUGCAUACCGCCACGGAACUACAUCAUCUUUAGUCAGCGUAACAGCUUUGGCCGCUUGCUUCCAAAUACAACGGAUUGUCCCAAUGUGCCAUUGCCGGUUUCAGGCAAGAAUAUAAGGGCUGUCGAUUAUGAUCCCAUAACGCAUCAUAUAUACUGGAUCGAGGGACGCAGUCACAGCAUUAAAAGGUCUUUGGCAAAUGGUACCAAAACAACUGUGCUGGUAAAUUCUGGACAACCAUUCGACAUUGCCAUAGACAUUAUUGGUCGAUUACUCUUCUGGACGUGCUCGUAUUCAAACAGCAUCAAUGUAACCAGCUUUAUUGGAGAGUCAAUUGGUGUAAUUGAUACCGGGGAUUCAGAAAAGCCACGAAAUAUUGCUGUACAUUCGUUAAAACGGUUAAUAUUUUGGUCGGAUGUGGGCAGUCAUCAAGCUAUUAUAAGAGCUCGUGUAGAUGGCAAUGAGCGCAUGGAGCUUGCUUACAAGCUUGAGGGUGUUACUACAAUUGCCUUGGAUCAACAGUCCGAUAUGAUUUAUUAUGCACAUGGAAAGCGAAUUGAUGCAAUGGAUAUCAAUGGGAAGAACGUAAAAACACUUGUGUCCAUGCACAUCUCACAGGUUAUCAACAUUGCGGCGCUAGGUGGAUUUGUCUACUGGUUGGAUGACAAAACUGGAGUGGAACGAAUUACAGUGACGGGAGAACAUCGCUCAGCAGAGCUUCAGCGAUUACCACAAAUUACGGAUAUCCGAGCUGUGUGGACUCCGGAUGCAAAACUAUUUCGUAAUCAUACCUGCUUACAUAGUCAUACCAAGUGCUCACAUAUUUGCAUAGCAAACGACGAAGAAGUGAAGCACCCACGCGAUAUUUGUUCCUGUCCCAAGCAUUUAAUGUUGCUCGAGGACAGGGAAAACUGUGGCGCUUUGCCUGCCUGUGGACCUGGUCACUUUACCUGUGCAGCACCAGUGGCAGGAAAUAGUGAUAUGAACAAAGAUUGCAUACCAGCGUCAUGGCGCUGUGACGGCCAAAAAGAUUGUCCUGACAAGUCAGACGAAAUUGGAUGUCCUUCAUGCCGAGUGGAUCAGUUCAGCUGUCAGUCUGGAGAAUGUAUUGAUAGAUCACUGGUCUGCGAUGGAACUACAAACUGUGCCAAUGGCCAUGAUGAAGCAGACUGCUGCAAGCGACCAGGUGAAUUUCAAUGUCCCAUAAAUAAGCUUUGCAUCUCGGCGGCCCUACUCUGUGAUGGCUGGGAAAACUGUGCUGAUGGAGCUGAUGAAUCUGUGGACAUUUGCCUACAGCGACGUAUGGCACCAGCAUCUGAUAAACGCAUUUUUAUGAUUUUAAUUGGAGCCACAAUGAUAAUAAUAUUUUCCAUUGUUUAUCUGCUACAAUUUUGUCGAACACGUUUAGGCAAAAGCCGCACAGAGCCCAAGGAUGAUCAGGCCUCAGAUCCUCUGUCGCCGUCGACACUUACUAAAUCACAAAGAGUUUCGAAAAUUGCCUCCGUAGCUGAUGCGGUUCGCAUGUCGACACUGAACUCAAGAAACAGUGUGAACUCGUAUGAUCGCAAUCACAUAACAGGUGCCUCCAGUUCAACGACCAAUGGUAGUAGCAUGGUGGCGUAUCCCAUCAAUCCACCACCUUCACCCGCAACGCGUUCGCGUCGUCCUUACAGACAUUACAAGAUAAUUAAUCAGCCUCCUCCGCCCACACCGUGCUCAACGGAUAUAUGUGACGAAUCAGACUCAAACUAUACUUGUAAAUCAAAUAGCAAUAAUAGCAAUGGUGGGGCCACUAAAUUGCCAUCUACUUCCGCUGCCGCCUGCCUUCAGUUUGGCUAUGACAGCGAGCCAUAUCCUCCGCCUCCGACUCCACGUUCGCAUUAUCAUAGCGAUGUUCGCAUUGUGCCCGAGUCUUCAUGUCCACCAUCGCCAUCAUCGCGCAGCUCUACGUAUUUUUCACCACUACCGCCUCCCCCAUCGCCAGUGCAAUCGCCAAGUCGUGGAUUUACGUAACAUUUC